CUUUGACUGCCGCAUGUCUGCAUGGAAGAAAAGAUGCUGUUCACUUCCUGUUGGAGGUCGGAGCGGAUGUCACGGUAACAAACAGCAAGUCCUUCACCCCUCUGCUAUGUGCUGCUAAAUCUGGCCGCUGGGAGAUCUGUGAUAUUUUGCUGGCCACUGGAGCUGAACUGGAAACCUCAGACAAGUAUGGCCGAACUCCCCUGAUGAUUGCUGCGGGGGAGGGUCAUAUAGGCGUGGUCAACCUACUGCUGGAUAAAGGUCAGAAUGAAAU